AAUGACAUUACAAAAACAGUGUGCUGAUAAUUACAAAAAAAUAAUUUCUUUUUUUUCUUUUCUUUUCUUUUCAAUUUCAUCUAAACAUUCCACGUUUCAAACUAGAUAUAAUGUCAUAAACAUACACUGUUUAGAGAAGAAUGACAAAAAAGAAAGAAAACAUUAUUAUUUUCUUUCGACGUAUAUCUAACUACCUUUUUUUAAGACAGCAUUUCCAUAAUUAACAUCAGCUUUCGGAAGAAGUUAACGUACAAUGAACUAGUUUAUCUUCUCAUAAAUAACAUUCUGUGUAUUUUCAUAAGAAAUACUUCCGAUAAAUACUCCUUUACAAACCAUACUAUUAAGGUAGAAUAUUUCUCCAAGAGAUACUACUUUUAAAGCAAACUUUUCUGCCCCCGAAUAAUUGCUCCGGAACGAAUUUCAUUUGAACCACACUUUCUCAUGUACGAAACUUCGAGAAUAAUUCGUCAGCAGUAUUUUUAAUACGACGUUCUGGCAUGCAUUCAUCUUCUACUUAUAACGAGUCUAGCAUUCUGGAAUACAUUGUUUGACUUUUCACUUUUCCUAAACUCAUGAUGCGUCAUGAUUUCAGUCGUAUGGUGACAUCGAAAGCAUCUACCGAAAUCAAUAUAUCUUUCCACUUACACAUAACUUCGAUACCAAACACAUAUCGAGUGUUAACAAUGAACAUGAAAGAAAACCGUUCACUAACCACUGACAAGAAGCUAUCUUGAGUCAUACCGACUGAGUACUAACAAGCGGCGCACAAUACUUCACUAUGCUGUAAACCAUUUACCACAAAAAAUUGUCAUUUGGGCACAUACUACUACGCUGCACAAUUCUUUUACGCAUAAAUAGCCUAGGAUCUCUUUCAUUGAUCAAACCUUUUUCUACCAAUUACAGCUAAUUGAAAAUUCUGUAACUCACAUUUAAAGAGUUUCUAUCGGAACUUCAACCGUGACCACUUCUUUUCAAUUUAGAACUUUCCAAAACAUUACCGUACAUUAUACACCAUCUAAAAUCCUCGAAAUAUUCAUAUCGAUAUGCACAAGUUCUCGAACGCAGUUCGAUGGACAUCUAUUUCACUACGCUCAUCCUAUAUAACACCGACUCACUAAUAUAUCUCUUCAUCUCUGCCAUAUAUUUACCACCAAUUCUUCAUCUAGACACUCACCACACUCAGUCUCUGGCACCAGCAAAUCGGACAUGUUAUAGCACAAUCUUUAGCUAAUGCAUUAAAAUAUAACAAAACACUCACCGAACUAUAUCUCGGAGGUAAUCCAAUCGGAGAUAGUGGAGCACAAUCUUUGGGUAAUGCAUUACUGCACAACAAAGCACUCACCAAACUCGAUCUUUGGGACUCUCAACUUGGACAUGUUAUAGCACAAUCUUUGGCUAUCGCGUUACAAUAUAACACAACACUGACCACAUUAAAUCUCUGGAACAAUCAAAUCGGGGAUGUUGGAGCACAAUCUUUGGCUAAUACAUUACAGCAUAACAGAACGCUCACCACACUCGAGCUCGGGCACAAUCAAAUCAGCCAUGUUGGAGCACAAUCUUUUGGUGAUGCAUUACAACAUAACACAUCACUCACUACACUCGGUCUCGAAGGGAACCGAAUCGGAAAUAUUGGAGCACAAUUUUUGGGUGACGCAUUACGACACAACAAAUCACUCACCACACUUAAUUUCCAAGAGAACCAAAUCAGAGAUGGUGGAGCACAAUCUUUGGGUGAUACACUACGAUGCAAUACAACACUCAUCACUCUACAUAUUGGGAGUAAUCAAAUCGGAUAUGUUGGAGCACAAUCUUUGAGUAAUGCAUUGCAGUAUUAUACAGUGAUAACAAUUCUCCUGUUAUCAAUACCAUGUCUUUACCUCCAUUUUCUCUUACAGACGCUCACCACACUUAGUCUUUGGGUCAAUCAAAUCGGAGAUAUUGGAGCGCAAUCUUUUGGUGAUGCAUUACAACAUAACACAUCACUAACCACACUAGAUCUCCGAUUUAAUAAAAUUGGACAUAUUGGAGCACAAUCUGUGGGUGAUGCAUUACGACAUAACACAACACUGAUCAUACUCAGUCUUCAACAUAAUCAAAUCGGAGAUGUUGGAGCACAAUCUUUAGGUGCUGCAUUACAACACAAUACAGCACUAACCACACUGAAUCUCGGAUUUAAUAAAAUUGGAGAUAUUGGAGCACAAUAUUUGGGUGAUGCGUUACAACACAAUAGAUCACUCAUCAUACUCGAUCUUGAGGAGAACCAAAUCGGAGAUAUUGGAGGACAAUCUUUGGGUGAUGCAUUACAACAUAACAGAGCACUGACUGUACUCAAUCUUGGGUUCAACCGAAUCGGAGAUAUUGGAGGACAAUCUUUAGCUGAUGCAUUACAACACAACACAACACUCACCGAACUAAAAGUCUGGUUUAGUGAGAUCGAAAACGAUGUGAUGCAUGCGAUCGAAGAAUUGCUUGGACGGAAUCGAAAAGGAAGAAAACCUGGAGUAGCACUAUUAAAUGUAUUUGAAUGGUGA